CCCUGUACUCGAGCAUGUUUGUUUACAUGUUGAAAAAAAGUUACUUGUGAAAAUUUAGACGUAUACGAAACAAAUAUGCUGGAAAAUUAGUGAUUUAAUUGUUGCCCACAAUUUACUACUUAACCUCUAAUAAAAAUUAUGGCGUCCGCAACGGUACCCCUUCUGGAUGAUACGGUCCCGUUUGGUGACGAAGACGAACUAAAUUCCAACGGAGCAACGGCCAGAAAGCUGUCCCACCCGUACGUCACAUUCUUUCAUGUGUUUUUCCGUGGAGCCGCCCUCGCCACGUACCUGUUCUGGGGUUUAUUCAAUGAUUCCUUCAUUAAAUGCUUUUUGCUGGUGGUAUUCUGGCUAUCGGCCGAUUUCUAUCUGGUCAAAAACCUAAGCGGCCGUUUACUGGUGGGAAUGCGCUGGUGGAACUAUGUCGCCGAUGACGGACGCUCCCAUUGGGUGUUCGAGUCUAAAAAGGGUGAAUCCGGCGAGACGGGCAUCAAUCCACACGAGGCGAGAAUCUUCUGGACGGCACUGGUCGUUUGCCCUGUAUUGUGGGCGCUGUUUUUCGUGGUGGCACUGUUUGGAUUCAAGUUCAAAUGGAUGCUUCUAGUCAUGAUUGCCCUGUCACUGAAUGGAGCUAAUCUGUACGGCUACAUUAAAUGCAACUUUGGAGCUAGCGCCAAUCUGAGCACAACUACAACCGAUUUCGUCAAGAGUCAAGUGCUGAAGAACGCGGUCAAUUUGAUGAGUCAGCCUAGUACCAGCAGCAAUCCGGCACCGAAAACCGCUACUGUAGCUUAGAAAAAAUUCUUCAAACAUAGUCUUGAAUAAAACAGUGCUCAUCAUUCCUU